AUGAUCCUCUCUGAGCUUAUGUAUGCUGUAAAAUGUUUAGUUGCCGAAAUCAUUGCAUUUUGUGCCUUUUACUGCGAUACUGAAAAACAAAGAGAAAAGAAACAUAAAAAAGAGAAGAGGGAAGGUAAAGAUAGAAGAGAGAAAGAAGGAAAGGAUGGAAAGCAUAAAGAAAAGAAAGAUAAAAAAGAAAAACACAGAGAUAAAAGGAAAGACCGAGACAAGGAAAAGGAUAAGGAUAAAAAUAAAAGCAAUACUGCUGAUGAGAAGGGAUUGCCAGCACAAACAGAAGGUCCCAAGGCAGUUAAACUCAUCCAAAAGGAAAUUAAGCAAAAGGAUAGCAAGGGUAUUUUGUUGGAGGAGAAACUUUCUAAACAUUUUACAGAUAAUGGAGAGAAGGCGAGAGAGAAAAAUAAUCACCUGGCUGAGGAGAAUAAAGAUUCAAAAUUCCUUAAGGAGCUGGGUAGGAGGAUUAAGGAAGAUGAUGGGGUAGCCAGCAAUCAAAUGGGUCAGGAGUUGGGCAGGAAAAUUAAGGAGGAGGAUGGAAGGGCUGAUAAUCAGUUUGUUCAGAAGUUUACCUUUGCGAGCCAAAAAAAGGAUGAGGGGACUGCUAGGCUGGCAGCAAAGGAUAGCAGUACCUGGCUUGAUGGCGAGGAAAAGAUCAAGGAUAAGAGUAUUGAUGUUAAGAAGAUUGAUGGGCAAGGAUUCUGGGCCGAGGCCCGACCUAUUGAAAAUGCAACACUCCAGAAUCAUGCUGGAAAUUUUCAUUCCCUAUUUGGUGAAACGCCCAGAUCUUUGGAGAAAAACUUUAACAGAAGAAUGGAAGCUACAGCACCAACAAGAGAAACAAGUAAGGAAAAGAAAGAUGAUAAACCAGGAGACAAAAGGAAGGAUAGAGACAAGAAGAAAAAGGGGCAUGGGAAGGACAAAGACAGGGAUAAAGAGAAAAAAAGAGAGGAGAAAGUGAGGGAGCUAACUGAACAUAAGAACAAAGAGCAAACUAAUUUUAAAGUUGGUAACAAAGGUCCUAUGAGUACUAAUUCUUUCCCACAGAUUACCAAGAACAGCCAUGAUAGUAUUGUUGGUGGGGAAUACCUCAAGAAACGGAAGGAUAUGGAAUCAAAUGGAAUCCUGCAUGCCAGUGACAAUUGGCCUAGUAAGUUGUCUAGACUAUCCUCUUCCCCUCAUCCAUUCACGGAGAAUGGAAGGAUAGUGAAGCCUUGCCAAAGUUCCAUUCUGCAUCCCUCUGAUGGUCCGGUAGCAGCCACCAAUUUUAAGGUUGAUAACAAGGAGCACAAGAAAAAUGGCAUCAUUGGAGUUCAGCCACCUGCAUGUUCCCCAAACAAGCCUAUCAGUGCUAACGUGGGAGCUGAUCCUGUAAUUGAAGAAUCUUCUGCAAAACCGCCCCAUCCAGAUUCAAUGUACCUGAGCCAGGCAUAUUCAGUUCCCAAAAUGGAUGAGCGUCCUGAUUUUGAUGAUCAAGAGUGGUUGUUUGGCAGCCACAGUUUACAAGAGAAAAAGCCACAAGCAGAGUCUUCAAGGCCUGGAGGAACAGUGCAGGUGUGGGCAGAAGCUCUCCAUAUAGAGCCAGAUGUUUAUGCUCUGCCAUAUGUCAUUCCACACUGAUUGGUUUUUGAGCUGCUAUGGUACGGCAAUUGUAUCUGCAAAUGGAGCCCUCCAUUUUCUCAAUCCCCAUGGCAGAACAGCAGCAUCAGCGUCUAGAAAUAGAUUCUGAGAUUCUCCAUUGUUAUUUCACUCUUUGGCAGCAAGUAACGAUUGACCCUCUGCGUUGAUCUUAAAAUUGUUGGGAUGAAAACUUUUGACUUCAUCAUCUUGAUCAAAGGAACUUCUGUCAUGAAUGGUUGGGUGCCCUGGUGCAAAGCCUGCAGGCCAAGAUCUGGGGUUGCCGUUCGUGCUUCACACAUCUUAGUACGAUGACUUCACAAAGGCAACUGCAGGUUUCUGAGAAGGGUAGACUUGAGAGCCUGUGCUGCUUUGUUGUCUAUUUUUGGUUGGAGCUGAGAAGCUCUUUCUAGUGGAACAUUGGAAUGUAAGAAAAACAGUCUAGAUGUGGCUUCUGCAGCUCCGCCGCAAUUUUGAUUUGUAACAUAGAACCGUAUUUACAAAAAUAUGUACGAUAGGAAGAAUAGUAGUAGUCUUAUUCAUUGUUCAGUUUCCUGUAAUUUCUGUUAUUUCCCAUCAUUUUGCUCACAUUUAUGAUGUUAAAUGAGGAAGGUUGAAGGGGAAAA